UCCGCCUCGCGCGCCUGGCCUCGCGCUCUCCCGGCACAGGGGAAGCAGUUGAAACGGCGCCAUGGCGAUCUCCGGCAGCUGCAGCGGGAGCGGCCGCCGGUCAGAGAGCGGCUCCGAGAGCAGGAGCCCGCAGCUUCAGCAGGCCGGCGGCCGGGGGCGGAGAGGCCCCGGCGCUUUAGCAACGGCCUAUCUAGUCCUUUAUAACGUGGUCAUGACAGCAGGGUGGCUUGUUAUAGCAGUUGGUUUAGUCAGAGCAUACCUUGCAACGGGUAGCUAUCAUAAACUCUAUCAUUCAAUAGAAAAGCCUUUGAAAUUCUUCCAGACUGGAGCUUUGCUUGAGAUCGUGCACUGUGCAGUAGGGAUUGUUCCUUCUUCUGUUGUCUUGACUGCUUUCCAAAUCAUGUCAAGAGUUUUUCUGACAUGGGGCAUAGCCCACAGUGUAAAAGAGGUGCAAAGUGAAGAUAGCAUCCUUCUUUUUGUCGUCGCCUGGACGAUCACAGAGAUCGUCCGUUACUCUUUCUACACAUUUAGUUUACUGAACCAUCUUCCUUAUUUUAUCAAGUGGGCCAGGUAUACUUUAUUCAUCAUACUAUAUCCAAUGGGAGUUACUGGAGAAAUGCUCACAGUGUAUGCUGCUCUGCCCUUUGUCAAGCGAUCUGGUUUAUUUUCUAUUAGUUUACCUAACAAAUAUAAUUUUUCAUUUGACUACUACACAUUUCUGAUCCUGGUUAUACUUGUUUACAUUCCAAUCUUCCCUCAGCUGUAUUUUCAUCUGUUACAUCAGAGAAGAAAAGUACUCUCUGUUACUGAAGAACACAAGAAAUCUGAAUAAUUCCAACUUCUAUUUAGAGUUGUGCCCAAAUAUGUGUACAAACAGGAACCUACCCAAAUAUGAACACUCAAUCCAAGUUAUAAAUAAUACAGAAUACAAUACAGAAUAGAGAAACUCAAAAUAAAUACUUGAUCAACUGCUCAAAUAUUACUAAAAUUAUCAACAGUAGUAAUUUUUGGUAAAAUCAUUAUCCUAUGAAAUUGCAUUUUCCAGCAUGUCUUGUUAUAGUGAAACCUGUUUUUAUUUUUUAACUAUUAUCUCUUGAUUAAAAACUACCAUCACAUGCUUGAUAAUUAAGGUCAUAGAUAAUUAAACAUUAUGCUUGGAUUAGGAUUAGAAUUAUUUCAAAUUUUGCAUGUCUUACAUUGCAUCAUAACAAUAUUAUCUGGAAUGCUUUGAAACAUUUGCCUAAACUGCCAUCAGCUUCCUAAAAAUUGCUUAUUCUGAUCUUACAGAAAAUCAUAUUCAUAUCCAACAAGCCUAAACAAAGAGACAGUGUUACCAUUUUAAUAGCUGUAACCAGUUGCAUAAUCUGCACAACAGAUUUUGUUUUAUGUAGUUGGGCCUUAAAAUACUGCAUUGUUGCACAAGAGUGAAUGAGUGUUUUAGACAUGCAACGUAAUCAAUACCUCAAACUUGGAUGUUCUCUUGCUAUUCUUGAGUGCUUCUCUCCACCAAAACCCUGUUUUAUUGAAAUGCACACAUUAUAGCUAAUUUGUUUUUAUAAUCUGUAUUUAAUUGUUGAAGUACAAAGAGAAUAAAUACAAAGAAAAUAUACAAAGAUAGGAAAAUAAUAAAAAAAGACUACUACAUUAAAAAGAGUAAAAAAUAGAAAAAGUCAAUUACUUUUCAGUGAUACAACUUCCUCCUUUCCUCCCUUUGUAUUUCUAACUACUACACUAGUAGCUUUAGGUAAUUCGUGAUUGAUAUUGACAAAAAAAACCUUUUGUUAUGGCUUUAAAAUUGCUGUCCAAAUUCAUCCAAUUGCAAUCUGUUAAGGAAAUGUUGAUACUUUUUAGAAAAAUAAGCAUUUAGAGAAGUUGAAGAUACUUUUCUUAAAAUCUGUUCAUGUAAAAUUCACAACAUUUUAAGGUCCAUUAAUUUUGGGCAUCAAGUUGAUGCUAUUGCAUGAAAUUUUAAUGUGUUUCAAAGCUAACUCAUUUGGAAAAUAGAUAUUUUAUAUGGAAAAUUAUUGAGGAAUCUUUGAAAAUGUUUUAUUAAAUAACUGCUUUGAAGAAAACACAAAUUGUCAUUUAUAUUUUUAAUUAGACACCAUCAUGGUAAGGGGAUAAGCUUUAUUAUUGCUAAAAAUGAUGCUGGCAUUGCUCAUUUUCCCUAGUACUACAUUUAUGUACAUUAACUUAUAGUCUAGGAAGCAUAUCCUUGUUUACUCCAUCGCAGUAACUUACUUUGCAUCUCACUGUCACUUUUUACUUUGUUCUACCAUGGGGGAUAUACAGGAACCUUUGGCAUUCUUGUUGAUCAUUCUUAAAAAAGAUGUAAUUUUUUUUGUCAGUCCCAUUAUUUCCUCAAGCCAGAUACAUAGUGCAACAUGUUAAAGAGUUUGCCUUAAUGGUUUGUCUGCAACAAUUUUGCAUUAAGUAGUGGCUUGUAUUAAAUGGUUCAUAGCCAAAUUUAUACACUGAAAAGGCUACCAUUCUCAUCCCCAUGUCUGGCAGGAUCAUUAAUAUAUAGCAUGCAUUUUCUUGGAAUUUUUGCUAGGCCAUUAACAAAGCAGCCACAUCCACAGAUUCAGGGGAUUGAUUUACAAAUUCAGCACACUUAGCUGUUUUAUAUUUAUAAUGGGGGGGGGGGAGAUUCUACCAGACUCUGGUUCAAUUUUAUCCUUGUGAUUGUGCAUAAGAUCAGGUUAUGGAUUAACUUUAAAAUGGUAUAUUCAUGUCAACUUGGACAUAAGGCAAUUCAAUAAAAUUUGAGUCCAUCUGAAUCAUAAAAAUGCUUUUCUCUGCUAGCCAAUUUAUAAGGGCUUUAGGAACCUAGCAAAUAUUGCAUAACCUCUCCUUUCAGCUCAUCAUACAUCUAUCUACUCGGGGGUGGGGGGAGAGACAUGGAAUAGUUUACUACUUCCGUUAGUUGUAACUGCUGGUCAAGUACUUCCCAUUGGCAUAAAUAACUCUAAACCCCUGUUGCUGUUCUUAAGGCUGCUUUGCAUGUUAUGGGGCAGCAGUUGUGGGAUACAUGUGUGUUGUGGCCCGGCAUGAGCCGUUGGAGCUGCUGCCAGACUCCGACAGUGAGGGGUCUUAUGAGUCGGCCUUGG